CCUGUCGUAUGGCUCCAGGAUGGAGGGGUUCCUGUCCACGUUCCUCCCCUUUAGCGGCUAUGGCGGUCCCCCAGCUCAGGGGGGUAGCUGGGGGAAGGGAGACGGCCGUUUUCUCAUUCCUCAGGGCCUCAACUACCUGGAGAUCUGCAAGACCAUCUUGUCCCAAGUCAACCCCAGUUUACCUCUACCGCCCUGCGGGAAGGUGAACACCAAAGAGUGCGGCGUGCAGGUGAACGCGAAGGUGGACAAGGUGAUUCAGUGUUCCCUAGGUCCGAAAACGCUGCUCUACGUCGAAAAUCCCACCUCCUGCAACAGCUGCAAGACGCAUGACGAGAACCUCGACGUGACCAAAGCGGAGAGGAAGGCGUUGUUGGACACGCCGCCCAUGAGCAACCUGCGCUUCCUCAGACCUGUGUCCAUCUACUCGCCGGUGUUUGACCGCAGGGUCUUCCAGAAGAGUCUCAGCGAUGGCGCUGGACAGGACCCACUGGAAGCUUCUGACCAAGCCAAGUCUGAUGCUGACACGGAUCACAGUGGCGAGAACUUAGAAAACUGCUUCAAGACUGCGAUUCCUCGAUCCUCCAAGAGCCCAAACUUCCAGUUCCUGGAACAGCGAUAUGGCUUCUUCCACUGUAAAAAGUGCAACAUCCGGUGGGAGAGUGCUUAUGUUUGGUGCAUCUCUGGCUCCAGUAAGGUGUACUAUAAGCAGCUCUGCCGGAAGUGCCAGGUGGGGUUUAACCCUUACAGAGUGGAGUCUAUAGUCUGUAAGGGCUGCUCUCAGACUUGCUGCAGCUGUGAGAAGAAGCAGAGACACAUCAACAUGAAGAGGCCUCAUCGUAAAGACCUGUGCUGCCGCUGUAAAGGCAUGAGGCUGUCAUGUGACGCCACGUACAGCUUCAAAUAUAUCGUUUGAGCUAAUUCGCUAGUAGCUGAAUUUCAUUGCAUGGUUUGAGAGUUUGCGGUUAUGUUCAUGUCUGUCACUGGAAGCCACCCCUUACUUGCCUGCAACAUGCUGAACCUUUGACCAGCUGGAUUAGCUGACAACCUCUCAAAUUGCUAGAGGGUUCACUCUGGGUACUAUGGGCUUUUGUAAAAUGCAAAGGAAAUAAAUUCUAAGUUGCACUUCA